AUGGCUGCUAGAACAAAAAAGCCCAAGGAGUUCCUGUCCAGGGGAAAUCUUGCUACACAUCAGAGAAUCCAUACUGGCGAGAAACCUUAUGAAUGCACGCACUGUGGAAAGGCUUUCAUACAGAAGGAUGGUCUUUCUGCACAUCAGAGAAUCCACACUGGAGAGAAACCUUAUGAAUGUAAAGAGUGUGGAAAGGCUUUCACACGGAGUGGCUCUCUUGCUGCACAUCAUAGAAUCCACACUGGAGAGAAACCUUAUGAAUGUAAGCAGUGUGGAAAGGCUUUCACACAGAGGGGCUCUCUUGCUGCACAUCAUAGAAUCCACUCUGGAGAGAAACCUUAUGAAUGUAAAGAGUGCGGAAAGGCUUUCAAACGGAGGGCGCAUCUUGCCAGACAUCAGAGAAUCCACACUGGAGAAGAAUCUUAUGAAUGUAAACAGUGUGGAAAGGUUUUCACAAAGAGAACCCAUCUUUCUGCACAUCAGAGAAUCCACACUGGAGCAGAGCCUUAUGAAUGUAAACAGUGUGGAAAGGCUUUCACUCAGAGGAGCCAUCUUGCUGUACAUCAAAGAAUACACACUGGAGAGAAAUCUUAUGAAUGUAAACAGUGUGGAAAGACUUUCACAUGGAGGGGCGAUCUUGCUGAACAUCAGAGAAUCCACACUGAACAGAAAUCUUAUAAAUGUAAACACUGUGGAAAAGCUUUUGCAGUGAGGGGCCAGCUUGCUGCACAUCAGACAAUCCACACUGGAGAGAAAUCUUAUGAAUGUAAACAAUGUGGAAAGGCUUUUGCAGAGAGGGCCUCUCUUAUUGUACAUCAGAGAACCCACACUGGAGAGAAACCUUAUGAAUGUAAACAGUGUGGAAAGAGUUUUACACAGAGGGGCAGUCUUGCUAUACAUCAGAGAAUCCACACUGGAGAGAGACCUUAUGGAUGUAAACAGUGUGGAAAGACUUUCACAAUGAGGGGAAAUCUUGCUGCACAUCAGAGAAUCCACACUGGAGAGAAACCUUUUCAGUGUCAACAAUGUGGAAAGGCUUUCAGAGAGAGGAGCUGUCUUGCUGCACAUCGGAGAAUCCACACUGGAGAGAAACCUUAUCAAUGUAAGCAAUGUGGAAAGACUUUUACACAGAAGAGCCAUCUUCCCAGACAUCAGAGAGUCCACACUGGAGAGAAACCUUAUGAAUGUAAACAGUGUGGAAAGGCUUUCACACUGAGGAGUCAUCUUGCUAAGCAUCAAAGCAUUCACAUUGCAGAGAAACUUUAUGAAAGCAAUCAAUUUGAAUAG